AAAGACAAAAGCUUGACUUAUCAAGCAAAAUAUAUACAAACCCUCCGCUUGAUAUAAAUCAUGGUGAAAAGCUCCUUAAUGUCUAAUUCUUAAACCUUACACUUAACACCAUACUUCUUCUCUCUAAAUAUCUCUCAGCGAGAAUGACUGACAAUUUUUCUCCUACUUGGGUGAAAUUGAGACCAGACACUUCCACCGCAUACGUAUAAUUAUAUAUAAUCAUGGUUUACUGCAAAUGUCAGUCGCCAAACUUUAGAUCAGUAAAAAUUGAGCGAUUUCAUCUUUUCUUCAUCUCCAUUCACUCCAAAAAAAAAACAUCUGCCAACUUUUCAUCAUGAUUUUCAAGAGUACCGUUACAUUCUUCGUUGCAACCCUUGCUCUCGCCCUUGCUGCUCAUGGUAGCCCUGCGGUUACUAGCAAGGUUUAUUUUGACAUCGAGCAGGGCGGUAAGCCUCUUGGUCGCGUUGUUAUCGGCCUAUUUGGCAAGGAUGUACCUAAAACUACCAAGAACUUUCUCGAGCUCGCCAAGGGUAGCCAUGGUUUUGGGUACCAAGGCUCAACCUUCCAUCGUGUUAUCAAGGACUUCAUGAUUCAAGGAGGCGAUUUCACCAAUCACGAUGGUACUGGGGGAAAGUCUAUUUAUGGUGAACAGUUCGAUGAUGAGAAUUUCAGUCUUCGCCAUACUGGUCCCGGAAUUGUCUCUAUGGCCAAUGCUGGUGAGGACACCAAUGGAUCUCAGUUCUUCAUUACCACUAUCAAGACCGAUUGGCUGGAUGGUCGCCAUGUUGUUUUCGGUGAAGUCAUCGAAGGCAUGGAUGUGGUCAGAAAGAUUGAAGAUACAAAGACUGACAGAUGGGAUAAGCCUGAUAUUGCUGUCAAGAUUGCCAAAUCGGGCGAGCUUCGUGAUGAACUGUUCUGACCACAGAGGAAACAGUCAUACCUUUUUUUCUAAUAAACAAAAAAUUAUUCAUUCUUU